GCUGCCUCACAGUUUCCGGAGCUCGAGUUCGAACUGAUCGAUGAAGGCAUCGCAAGGGAAGCACAAAUCCGAUCGAGUCCAAGCACCUCUUUCCCAACGAUCAUUCCGCCAGCUAAUGAGAUCAACGGGGCCACCACCUACUUGAUGUACUAGUAAAUCUCACCACAUUGCAUCCAUCUUGAUACACCGCAGUAAUUGAGGAAGUGAAUUAGGAGCUGUAAUAGGAUAAUAUAUCCCAGAAGCCAUGUCCUCUCCCCCUCCUCCCCUACCCAAUGGCCAAGAAGAAGAUGGGGCCUCAGACAGGGAUCUGUGCUUGAGCCAGCUUACCGAGGAGCGGAGUAAUGCCGCCAGUGCUGAAUUGACCUCAGGAGACUUCAUCAAGACACCGGAAGAGAUCAAGCAGGAAGAACUGCUAAGGCGGGCGGCAGAAAACAAGAAGAAUACGGACACAGCAAGUGAGGAACCAGUGUCUACUAGUACAGCAGUUUUCGCAAAUCAUGUGGAGGAUAAUGAUCAGCGACAGAAAGACGAACUGGCAUUGUCUCACGCGUUAUCGCAGCGAUACCAUGCUGCUAAACAAUCUCGAGCGAGGGCAGAAUUGGGUGCCAAUUAUGUGGAUUUUGAUGACGACUCUUUCAAACAGGGUCAAUUUGCUAAUGAUCCACUAUUCAUUGCAGCUGGAAUAAUUGAGGAUGACCCUCUUCCCAAUCCUGCUUCUGACGUUCGGACCAGUUCGGAAUCUAAUUCUGGAAAUGGCAAAAUGGAAUAUUGCGACAAUCAAACUGGGCAACCAAUGGCCAAGCACCGGGUACCCCCAGGCUCUGUUACUCCUGGUGCCUACUCUGGGGCACCUGGUGCCGACUAUGAGGCACUGGAACCACUGCAAUUGGAUUUACUGGGAUCUGCAUCCUCUAAUCCGCUAGAACUACUGCAAGAAGAAAAAGAAGAAAUGGUUGCAGUGCUGCCCAGAGUGGAUGGUUCUAAUUUGGGACCUUCUGGGACUGGGCCAGAGCCUGAUAUUCCUCAAGAGACCAGAGCAGAGUCCUCGGAUGAGGAAAGUGCAAUACCGACCGCUCAUGUAGAGUGGGUGUCUGGGCCCCUAACGCAUAAUCCCGAUGGGACUGCAGCUGAUGCCGCAAUUGAAAGAAAGAAAAAGAUGAUGUUAAUCAGGGUAGGCAUGCUGCUACUAGUACUGGUGAUGAUUCUCGCAAUUAUUGCCAUUCCACUGGCUGUUCGUGGAGGUGGACAGGAAGACGGCACAUCACUGGAGAAUACAACAAUUGAUAAUUCAACGGAAGGUGAAAUCUCCGAUCCAGUACCAACACAAUCACCAACAGUGGAAGUUGACCAAGUCGAGCAAGAUGAUGGGGUGCUGCUCCCCAAUGCAGCCAAUUCCACUUUGGAAUUAAUUGCAUUGGAUCAGUCGUCAUCCCAGUACCAAGCUUUCACCUGGCUGACUCUAGAUCCCAACCUACGUCGAUACAAAAGCUGGCGACGGGAACAGAGAUUUGCUUUGGCGACUUUCUUCUACGAAUUCGGUGGCCCACAAUUUUGGACAUGGCUGAACUAUGAGAUAGAUGAGUGUGAAUGGGGCGAGAGUUUCUCCAGCAAACAAGUGCAUUGCAACACUGAUGGCCAUGUAAAACGAAUUACUAUGAGAAAAUCCGACACCAUAAUGGAUUUUAUUGGAUCUAUCCCACCAGAGCUCUCAUUGCUUGGUCAGUUGGAAGAAGUGGACUUGUCAGGGAAUCACCAACAUAAACCCAUAUUGAGUCUGCUACCAUCAAGUUUAUCACCAGAGUCAUUUCCGUCACUGAAAGUGAUUGGCUGUACUAAUUGCUCUCUCCGACUAAGUAUCCCUGCAGAGCUCUGUGACUGGACCCAACUCCACACCUUGAGGUUGGGAACGAACUGGCUUAGUGCGAUACCAGUGGAAAUCCAGCAGAUGACCCAACUUCAAGAGUUGAUACUCAAUAGGAACAGUCUAACGGGAACAAUUCCCGUAGAGUUGACUCAGCUGGACCAGCUUCAAAGUUUGUCAUUGGAAACCAACAGGAUGUUCGGAAUGGUCCCUUCUGAAAUUGGCUUGAUGACAUCAUUGACACGCUUGGGCUUGUCUGAAAACAGGAAAAUGACGGGCAGCCUUCCAAGUGAGCUUGGAUUAAUGACAGCCUUGGCUUUCUUGAACAUGAGUACAACUGCAAUAUCGGGCAGCAUUCCAUCUGAGCUGGGGUUGCUGACAUCAUUGACUGAAUUGGCCUUGCAUGACAGCAAUUUAUCCGGAAUGGUGCCAAGCAGUCUUUGUUCCAACCCAGACUUAUUGCAGAUUCUUGUUGAUUGUGAUUCGGUGGAUUGCACAUGCAGUCAAUGCAAAUGCAUGACACUGUAGCUUCGCUCUUUGAACCUCCCUCAGCUAAAUCCAUGCUUCAUGGGCAGAACUGCGCGUGGAGUGCCCACGUUGGCUGCCCUGCGGAUGGCGCUGAGAUUCAAUUCAAUCCAAUGAUUCGAUUCAAUCAAAUCAAAUAUCAGUCCGAUAGAAUCUUUCACGGGUGAAAGUCAAUCCCAGUGAAAGUCAAGGGAUGGCUACAAUGCGUUGGAGGCGACUCGCGGGUAUGUGUUUUAAAUCUUGUCCUCAGUGGCGACCAAAAGUCCAGCGGCAUGCAGGGGGAUAAACCGUCGUGACUCCCACAUCAGAAGUCAUAACGUUACCA